AUGGAUAUUGUUCUAGGUAUUAGAGUGAAAGAUUCCGUGAUUUUGGCCACUUCUAAGGCUGUUACGAGGGGUAUUUCGGUGUUGAAAUCGACCGAUGACAAAACACGGGUUUUGUCGGAACAUUCGUUACUGGCGUUCAGCGGUGAAGCUGGUGACACGGUGCAGUUCGCAGAAUACAUCCAAGUGAACAUGCAAUUGUAUUCGAUUCGAGAGAAUUACGAACUUUCGCCAUACGCGACAGCGAGUUUCGUGAGACAGGAGUUAGCCAAAUCGAUCAGGUCUCGGAAACCGUUCCAGGUGAACGUAUUACUGGGUGGGUUUGACGCCAAAAAGGGAGAGCCCGGAUUAUACCAGAUCGAUUAUUUGGGCACACAAGCGGAACUGCCGUACGCGGCGCACGGUUACUCUGGCUUCUACACAUUUUCGCUACUGGACCGUCACUACCGGCCCGACAUGACAACGCAAGAGGGUCUUGAGUUGCUUCGCAUGUGUGUUGACGAAUUGGAACGCAGAAUGCCCAUCGAUUUCAAGGGCGUGCUCGUCAAAAUCGUCGACAAAGACGGUGUCCGCGAGGAACCCAAUUUUUAA